AUGCCUAGAAAGACUCAGAAUAUACACUCUUUAAGUAGAGGGUAUGUUCGUUCUUCUAUGAGCAAGUUCAACUUGUUCAAUCUUUAUAAAAAGAAUCCUAUAAGGUAUAAUGGUAGAACAUUAUAUCAACAGAAGUGGACUGCUAAAGCUGAAACAAGAGCUUAUCAUGGAGAACACUUAACUGAAUCUAGAUGGAAAACCAUUUUCAAUCCUUCUUUAGAAACUGUGGCACAAUUAGAUGCGAGUUUAAAGGGUUCAAGAGUAGAUGCAACUCCUAUAUCAAUGCAAACUUAUGCUUCUUUAGAAAAGAGAUUAGAAGUAGCUUUAUUUAGAGCAAUGUUUGCCUCAUCAGUUAGACAAGCAAGACAAUUUAUACGUUCAGGAGAUGUUAAAGUUAAUGGAAUAGUAAUUAAACAUCCUUCAUUUCCUUUAAGAAGUGGUGAUGUUUUCAGUGUUGAACCAGACAAGGUUCUUUUCGCCAUGGGAAGAAGUAAACCAUCAUUAGAUGAAGCUCUUAAAGUAGAUCGUAAUCAAAUUGCAGCUUGGAAUCAACAUGUACAUAAUGCUUCCUCCAGUCCAAGAGCUGUCUAUGAAUUAUUACAAGCUAGACCAAAAUCUUUAGAUACUAUCAAUAGCAAGACUAGUGAUGCUAAAAUAGAUAUUCAAAAGUAUAAUGAAGAUAAACAAAAUUCUAUAAAAGUACAACAAGAUAAAGUGACCAAAUCUUUUCUUCUAGACCAAAUUUUAAAGCUUGGAUCUGGAUCUAAGGAUGUCAAUGCUGCAACUUUUGCAGAAUUUGGAGAUAUUGAUUCUCAAAAAGCAGUUUCCCUUUACCAAAAAUUUGCUGAUUCUAAGCAUCCUUUAAUCACCAAUAAUUCAUAUGAAGAAAUUAAAAAAUAUCUCGAAACUAAAAAGGAAGAAGUCGCUAAUAAUGAUGAAAAACAUUUAUUAAGACUCACUAAACAAGUGUUGGGUGAAAUUCAAAAAUCUAGGUGGGAAACUAUCCGUAAAGAUGGUCAAGCAUCUCAAAUAAAUGAAAAUUCUAAGACUAUUCCAUUUACUACUGAAUAUUUUAAAGGAUUAUACUUUCAUGAAAAAUUAGAUAAGGAGAAAAUUAAAGAAGAUGAACUGUCUGCCAAAGUCUAUUUACCAUGGCAAAGAGGAUUAUUUGGUCGUAAAGAUCUUUCCAAACCUUAUUUCACUCCUUGGACCCCAAGACCAUUCAUUGGAUGUUUUGCCAUUUAUCCAGCCCACCUUGAAAUUUCCUUCAAGACAUGUCAUGCUGUAUAUGUUAGAGAUCCAAUUGCCAGACCAGGACAAUCGGAAGUCAUAACACCAUUCCCUGAUCAUGUACAUGAAAGAGCAUACAUGUACUACGCUAGAAAUGGUAUGUAG